AGAUCCCUUCAGCCUUAAAAGGUUUUAAGAACACAACAUUCAGUCAACAACAAGUGCCUAACUCUUCAAGUGUUUGUAGGCCUGUUUUCAAAAUUCAUUUUUGUGUCUUAAUGAUUCAAUAAAACGUAUUUUCUUCACCAUUUCAAACCGUUACCCUCCUGUGAAUGCGAAGGCUUUGGGUGACCUGUCCCUAACAAUUAACACAUUAACACCGCGGAGACAGAGGUCUAACUGGAGAGAAUCCGCCUAUCAGACUCAGCCUUGUCGGACCUUUCAGGUUUUGUUUCAUUUUUUGGUGAAAGCGCGUGCUGUUUGAGCGCGUGUGCAGCCGGAGUUGAACGCACGCAGAGGCGAUGCUGUGAGCGCGCGGGCACAGGUGUCAGUGAGCGCACAGACACCGGAUUCAUCAGAACUCAAAAGACACAUAAUUACUUUUCGGAGUCGGGGGUUUGUUAAUUUUAAAAUCUUUUUUUCUGUUCUGUAUGAUCUGCGCUCACAAUUCAGGAACAAUUAAUGCCACGGAAUAAAAUGAAGAUUUUUGAGGUUUUGAGCGUCAUUUUCAUCGGAAUUAACAGCGCGGCGGCUGUCACGCAUUCCCUGCAGUACCUGCACAUGGCAUCAUGGGGAAUUUCGGGGUUUCCAGAGUUCGUGACGGUGGUCCUGGUGGACCAUCAGCCCUUCUCCUACUAUGACAGCAACAUCAGAAGGGAGCUGCCCAGGCAGAGCUGGAUGCUCCAAAGCGAAGAUCCGGAUUUCUGGGAGAGGCGCACGCGGAGCUCCUCUGUUGAUGAACAAGUCUUCAGAAGUAAAGUUGCAGUUAUUAAACCACGCUUUAACCAGACAGGAGGUGUUCACGUCGUUCAGCUGAUGUACGGCUGUGAUUGGGAUGAGGAGACUGGAGACAUCAAGGGUCAGUGGCAGUUUGGCCAUAAUGGAGAGGACGUCCUGGCCUUAGGCCUUAAGACGAACACCUGGAUGGAACCAACUCCAGUUAACACCUUCAGUAAACACAAGAAGGACAAAGAUGAAGCUUGGGCCAUACAGAUGAAUAACUAUCUGUCCCAGGGUUGUCCAGAUCAACUUAAGAAGUAUGUGAGCUAUGGGAAGAGCACUUUGAUGAGAACAGAGUCUCCAUCAGUGUCUCUCCUCCAGAAGAAUUUCUUCUCUCCGGUCAGAUGUCACGCUACAGGCUUUUACCCCAACACAGCCGUGAUGUUCUGGAGGAAAGACGGAAGGGAGAUUCAUGAAGGAGUGGAGAAAGGAGAGAUCCUCCCCAACAAUGAUGGGACCUUCCAGAUGAGCGUUGAUCUGAAACUCUUAUCAGACACACCAGAAGAGAAGGGAUACGAAUGCGUGUUUCAGUUUUCUGGUGUCAAUGAAAGCAUCGUCAUCAAAGCAAAAGAGUCAAACAUCAGGACCAACGGACCAAGCCACUACGAAGUGAUCCUCUCCUCUGUUAUUGCAGUUGUUGUUUUUGGUGCUGUCAUUGCCGACUGGCUCAUUCUUUACAAACGCAGAAAAGCUGAGGAUCACUUCCACAUGAAAAAGCAAAUGCUUCUUUGAGCCUGAACUCAAACACAGCUCUACACUCAGUUUUCAAAUGAAGUCUGCAGAGAAAGGAACUAUAAUAUUAGUAUGUGCUAACAGUGUAUUUAUGAAAUAAAUAUAUAAUUUAAUCUGA